AUGCCUGACACAUCAGGAGCCAACGGCACCAACGGCCGGACGGUGCCUGUUGGUAAUGGCAAGGCCACCUACGCCGAGAAGCACAAUAUCGCAGAACACUUCAUUGGAGGCAGCAGGCUGGAAAAUGUCUCCCCUAGCAAGGUCAAGGAUUUUGUUGCACAACAUGACGGACACACUGUCAUCACAAACGUCUUGAUCGCCAACAACGGUAUUGCCGCCGUCAAGGAAAUUCGAUCCGUCCGGAAAUGGGCCUACGAAACGUUCGGCGACGAGCGGGCCAUUCACUUCACCGUCAUGGCUACUCCCGAAGAUCUGCAAGCCAAUGCAGAUUACAUCCGAAUGGCUGACCACUAUGUCGAAGUGCCCGGUGGCACCAACAAUCACAAUUACGCCAACGUCGAGCUGAUUGUGGACAUUGCUGAGCGUAUGAAUGUACAUGCUGUCUGGGCUGGUUGGGGUCACGCCUCCGAGAACCCUAAGCUGCCCGAGUCUCUGGCCGCCUCACCGAAUAAGAUCGUCUUCAUUGGCCCUCCAGGGUCUGCCAUGCGAUCCCUCGGUGAUAAAAUUUCCUCCACAAUUGUUGCUCAGCACGCUUCUGUUCCUUGUAUUCCCUGGUCAGGAACUGGUGUCGACGCCGUUGAAAUCGACAAGAAGGGUAUUGUUACAGUUGCAGACGACAUCUACGCCAAGGGCUGUGUGAGAUCGUGGCAGGAAGGUUUGGAAAAGGCAAAAGAAAUUGGCUUCCCCGUCAUGAUUAAGGCUUCCGAGGGUGGUGGCGGUAAAGGUAUCCGUAAGGCUGUGAGCGAAGAAGGCUUCGAAGCUCUCUACAAGGCCGCGGCCAGCGAAAUUCCCGGAUCCCCCAUCUUCAUCAUGAAGUUGGCAGGCAAUGCCAGGCACUUGGAAGUUCAGCUUCUUGCUGAUCAGUACGGAAACAAUAUUUCUCUUUUUGGCAGAGAUUGUUCCGUCCAGCGACGUCAUCAGAAGAUUAUCGAGGAGGCUCCCGUCACCAUCGCCAAGCCCGACACCUUCAAGGCCAUGGAGGAUGCCGCUGUUCGCUUGGGCAAGCUGGUUGGUUACGUUUCUGCUGGUACGGUGGAAUACCUGUACUCGCACGCAGACGACAAGUUCUACUUCCUGGAGCUGAACCCCCGUCUCCAAGUCGAGCAUCCUACCACCGAAAUGGUCAGCGGUGUUAACCUACCGGCUGCCCAGCUUCAGAUUGCCAUGGGUCUGCCUCUGCAUCGCAUCCGCGACAUUCGAGUCUUGUACGGCGUGGACCCCAGAACCUCGGGUGAGAUCGACUUUGAAUUCAAGAGCGAGGGCACUGCUCAAGCUCAGCGUCGCCCUACUCCCACUGGCCACACUACUGCUUGCCGUAUCACCUCUGAGGAUCCUGGUGAGGGUUUCAAGCCCUCCAAUGGUGUCAUGCAUGAGUUGAACUUCCGAAGUAGCUCAAAUGUUUGGGGCUACUUCUCCGUCGGUACCCAAGGUGGUAUUCACAGUUACUCUGACAGUCAAUUUGGUCACAUAUUUGCCUAUGGCGAGAACCGACAGGCUUCCCGGAAACACAUGGUUGUUGCCCUCAAGGAAUUGAGCAUUCGUGGUGACUUCAAGACGACUGUCGAAUAUCUCAUUAAGCUGCUUGAAACUGAGGCCUUUGAGGACAACACCAUCUCCACAGGCUGGCUGGAUGAGCUCAUCUCAAAACGCCUCACGGCUGAGAGACCUGACACAAUGUUGGCUGUCGUUUGCGGUGCCAUUACCAAGGCUCAUAUUGCUAGCGAAGCUUGCAUAGCCGAGUAUCGUGCCGGCCUGGAAAAGGGUCAGGUCUCCUCCAAGGAGAUUCUGAAGACAGUCUUCAACAUUGACUUCAUCUACGAGGGUUUCAGAUACAAGUUCACCGCUACUCGUGCUAGUGCUGACAGCUAUCACCUCUUCAUCAACGGCUCCAAGUGCACUGUCGGCGUUCGCGCCCUCAGUGAUGGCGGCCUGCUGAUUCUUCUCGACGGUCAUAGCCACAAUGUCUACUGGAAGGAGGAGGUAGGCGCCACUCGUCUGUCUGUUGAUAGCAAGACUUGCUUGCUCGAACAGGAGAACGACCCGACUCAGUUGCGCACCCCCAGUCCUGGCAAACUAGUUCAGUACGCUGUUGAGAAUGGUUCCCAUGUAAAGGCUGGCCAAACCUAUGCUGAAGUCGAGGUAAUGAAGAUGUACAUGCCUUUGGUCGCCCAGGAAGAUGGUAUUGUUCAGCUCAUUAAGCAACCCGGCGCUACUCUCGAAGCCGGCGACAUCUUGGGUAUUCUGGCCCUGGAUGACCCCAGCCGCGUCAAGCAGGCCCAGGCCUUUGUCGACAAGCUGCCUCCGUAUGGUGACUCUGUGGUUGUUGGUUCCAAGCCUAGCCAGCGCUUCUCCGUUCUGCGCUCCAUCAUGUUCAACAUCUUGAAUGGGUAUGAUAACUCGGUCAUCAUGGCUUCCGCUCUCAAGGAGCUCAUUGAAGUCCUCCGCAACCCUGAGCUUCCCUACAGCGAGUGGAAUGCUCAGUUUUCAGCUCUGCACGCCCGCAUGCCUCAGAAGCUAGAUGCACAAUUUGCUCAAAUUGUUGAGCGAGCCAAGUCUCGCCACGCCGACUUCCCAGCCAAGGCUCUGCAGAAAGCAUUCCAAAAGUUCCUUGAAGAGGGCCUCCCCGCAAACGACGCUGAAACCUUGAAGACGACUCUCGCUCCCCUGUCUGAAGUUCUCGAUGCUUAUUCUGAGGGCUCAAAGGUUCAUGAGCUCAACUUCAUCCAGUCCUUGAUCGAGGCGUAUGUUGAUGUUGAAAAGUUGUUCCUCAGCCAAGCUCAAGAGGACAGCGUUAUUCUCAGACUUCGUGACCAGAACAAGGAUAAUCUUGCCAAGGUUGUGCAGACAGUCCUCUCGCACAGUCGUGUCAGUGCCAAGAGUUCACUCAUCCUUGCUAUUCUCGAUGAAUACCGCCCCAACAAGCCUAACGUUGGUAACAUAAGCAAGUACUUGCGUGAGCCCCUGCGCAAGCUGACUGAGCUCUCAUCUCGUUCUACUUCCAAGGUAUCUCUCAAGGCUCGUGAGAUCAUGAUCCAGUGCUCUCUUCCUUCGCUUGAGGAGCGUACUGCUCAGAUGGAGCAUAUCCUGCGAUCAUCAGUCAUUGAGUCUCGCUACGGAGAGAGUGGUUGGGACCACCGUGAGCCGAACCUCGAUGUCAUCAAGGAAGUUGUCGACUCCAAGUACACUGUCUUCGACGUCCUUCCUCUCUUCUUUGCCCACGAGGACCCCUGGGUGGGGCUGGCUGCCCUGGAAGUCUAUGUUCGCCGGGCCUACCGUGCCUACAUAUUGAAGCAGAUUGACUAUCACAAUGACGAGACUGACUCUCCCCAAUUCGUCUCUUGGGAUUUCCAGCUGCGUAAGAUUGGCCAGUCCGAGUUUGGUCUUCCGCUGCAGUCCGCUGCCCCUUCUACUCCAGGUACGCCUGGCGUUCCGGAUAUGAACGUCAAGCGCAUUUACUCCAUCAGCGACAUGUCUUACCUGACCAGCAAGUGGGACGAGGAGCCUACUCGGAAAGGAAUCAUUAUUCCAUGCAAGUACCUCGAUGAUGCUGAAGAGCUUCUCCAGAAGGCCCUCGAGACGCUGGCCUUCCACAACAAGCAGAAUCGCCAGCAUAAUGCCACUGCCAUUCUCAAAGACCUCAGCGGCAAGCGCAAGCCGUUCAAUUCAGUUCAGAAAGAUGUCAAGACUGACGACGAGCUGUCUGCCGUCCUCAAUGUUGCUGUCCGCGAUGCCGAGAGCAACGACGACAAAGAACUCUUGACCCGCAUCAAGCCCAUCGUGGAGCAAUUCCGAAGCGAGUUAUUGGUCCGUGGUGUGCGUCGCCUGACAUUCAUCUGCGGUCACGGUGACGGUUCUUAUCCCGGUUACUUCACUUUCCGAGGCCCUGAGUAUCUUGAGGAUGACAGUAUUCGUCACAGCGAACCCGCUCUUGCAUUCCAGCUUGAGCUGGGCCGUCUUGCCAAAUUCCACAUCAAGCCCGUAUUUACUGAGAACAAAAAUAUCCACGUGUACGAGGCGAUUGGUAAGGCUGUCGACACUGACAAGCGAUACUUUACCCGUGCUGUCAUCCGUCCUGGUCGUCUUCGCGACGAGAUUCCUACUGCCGAGUAUCUCAUCUCCGAGGCUGACCGCGUCAUUAAUGACAUCUUUGAUGCUCUUGAGAUUAUUGGCAACAACUCUUCUGAUCUUAACCACAUCUUCAUGAACUUUACCCCCGUGUUCCAACUCGACCCCAAGGCUGUUGAACAGAGUCUGCAAGGAUUCUUGGAUCGUUUUGGGGCCCGUGGCUGGCGACUGCGUGUUGCCCAGGUGGAAAUCCGUAUUAUUUGCACGGAUCCCCAGACCAGCACUCCCUACCCACUUCGUGUCGUCAUCACCAAUACUUCUGGCUAUGUCGUGGACGUCGAUAUGUAUGCCGAGCGAAAAUCGGAGAAGGGCGAGUGGGUUUUCCACAGUAUCGGUGGUACCAGCGAAAAGGGACCCCUUCAUUUGCUCCCCGUCAACACGGCGUAUGGAACCAAGAAUGCUCUACAGCCUAAGCGAUACAAGGCUCACCUCAUGGGAACUCAGUACGUCUAUGAUUUCCCUGAGCUCUUCCGUCAGGCUAUCCAGAACACCUGGGCCAAGGCUGUCAAAGACCAGCCUGCUCUGGCUUCCCAGCAGCCCAAGGUUGGCGACUGCGCAUCCUACACCGAACUUGUUCUCGAUGACAAGGACACGCUUCAGGAGGUCAACCGUGAGCCUGGCACCAACGCUUGCGGUAUGGUCGGUUGGAUCUUCAAAGCUCGCACGCCCGAGUACCCUACCGGUCGCCGGUUCAUUGUCGUCGCUAACGACAUUACUUACAACAUUGGUUCCUUUGGUCCCAAGGAGGACAACUUCUUCAACAAGUGCACCGAGUUGGCUCGCAAGCUUGGCAUUCCACGCAUCUAUCUGUCUGCUAACUCUGGUGCCCGCCUGGGUCUUGCUAAUGAGUUGAUGCCCUUCUUCAAGGUCGCAUGGAAUGAUCCUGCCAAGCAGGACGCCGGCUUCCGCUACUUGUAUUUGGACGAGAAGACCAAAGAGAACUUCAAAGACGAUGUCAUCACAGAGGAGGUUACCGAAGAUGGUGAGAAACGCCACAAGAUUGUCACCAUUGUCGGACGGGAGGAUGGUCUUGGUGUUGAAUGUCUCAGAGGAUCCGGCCUCAUCGCCGGUGCCACCAGCCGUGCUUACAAUGACAUUUUCACCGUGACCUUGGUCACCUGCCGAUCAGUUGGUAUCGGUGCCUACCUAGUCCGUCUUGGCCAGCGUGCCGUCCAGAUUGAGGGCCAGCCCAUCAUCUUGACCGGUGCCCCGGCUUUGAACAACUUGCUUGGUCGUGAGGUGUAUACUUCUAACCUGCAGCUCGGAGGUACUCAAAUCAUGUACCGCAAUGGCGUUUCUCACAUGACUGCCAACGAUGAUUUUGCUGGUGUUUCUCGUAUCGUCGAGUGGAUGUCAUUUGUGCCCGAGAAGCGCAACGGGCCCAUCCCUGUCAGCCCCAGUUCUGACUCCUGGGACCGUGACGUUGUUUACUGUCCACCCCAGAAACAGGCCUUUGAUGUUCGCUGGAUGAUUUCCGGCAAGCGUGACGAAGACGGCAGCUUCCAGAGCGGCCUGUUUGAUAAGGACUCCUUUGUCGAGACCCUUGGCGGCUGGGCACGAACUGUUGUUGUCGGCCGUGCUCGUCUUGGCGGCAUCCCCAUGGGCGUCAUCGCGGUUGAGACUCGCUCUGUUGAGAACAUUACUCCCGCCGAUCCCGCCAACCCCGACUCUAUCGAGCAAGUCACCAAUGAGGCUGGUGGUGUCUGGUACCCCAACUCGGCUUUCAAGACGGCGCAGGCCAUUAAUGACUUUAAUUAUGGUGAGCAGUUGCCAUUGAUGAUUCUGGCUAACUGGAGAGGGUUCUCUGGUGGUCAGCGAGACAUGUACAAUGAAGUCCUCAAGUACGGUUCGUUCAUCGUCGACGCACUCGUCAAGUACGAGCAGCCCAUCUUCGUGUACAUCCCACCAUUUGGUGAGCUCCGUGGCGGAUCUUGGGUCGUCGUUGAUCCCACCAUUAACCCUGUUGCCAUGGAGAUGUACGCCGAUGUUGAGGCCCGCGGUGGUGUUCUCGAACCCGAGGGUAUCAUUGGUAUCAAGUACCGCAAGGAAAAGCAGCUCGAGACCAUGGCCCGCAUGGACACCACCUAUGCCAACCUGAAGAAGCAGCUCGAGAACAGCGACUUGACUCCCGAGGAAGCCGCUGAGAUCAAGAAGAAGGUCGUUGUUCGGGAGAAGGAGCUGCUACCAGUCUACGCCCAGAUUGCUGUGCAGUUUGCCGACCUGCACGACCGCGCUGGACGCAUGAAGGCCAAGGGCACGAUUCGCGACUCACUGGAGUGGGUCAAUUCCCGGCGAUACUUCUACUGGCGUCUGCGUCGCCGUCUGAACGAGGAGUAUAUCCUCCGACGCAUGGCCAGCAGCGUUUUGUCGUCAUCCCGCGACUCCAGCCCUUCCAAGGGCACUGAUCUGCGAGCUGGCCACCUGCACCUGCUGCAAAGCUGGUCCGGCAUUGUCAACUUUGACACCAGUGAUAGAGAAGUUGCCGAGUGGUACGAGAAGGAGAGAAAGACUAUUGGAGAGAAGGUUGAUGCCCUCAAGGCAGAGCACCUUUCGGCGGAAGUUGCUGAGGUGGUCCGCACGCAGAAGGCUGCGGGGUGGAAGGGUGUUCGCGAGGUACUGAGAGUCAUGCCCGUUGAGGAGCGGGAGGCGAUUCUCAAGUACCUCAAGGAAUAA